CACAAACACACACAGAGUCACGCAUGCAGAUACACUUAUACACAACCAAGCUAGAGAAACCAUGUCAAAGAUAAAUACUCAGCCGUGUUAUGAAGAAUCUACAGACUCUUUAUUUGUUGCCUCUUUUGGCUCUGGCAAGUUUGUUCAUCAAUAUGAGUGGAUCAGUUUCUCCUCGCCCAGUCCUGACCGGCCCUCACAUGGCCUACCUCAACUCGAGGGUGGCUUUCCAAUGUAUUGCCCCUGACUCCUCUCCACCAGUCACCUACCAGCUGAUGAUAAACGCCAGUACCCCAAUCUUCACAGGCACGGAUCUCCAAGGAGACCAACCUGCAUCAUUCUUCCUGAAGGUCGCUGCAACAUCAGAGGGGUCGUACCACUGCAAGGCAACGGCUGAAGGAAGCACAGGAGUCAGCAACAUCAUCACGCUGAGUGUUGUCAUUCCAGCAUCAAAUAUCAGAGUGGCCACUGAACCUUUCCCCCCAGUCGCAUACGAGGGGUCACGCAUCGUUCUGAAAUGCAACGUCACAAGGGGCUCCCACUUGUCCUACGUCUGGUUUUUCAACAGGAAGACAGUAACAUCUUCAACCUCUCCUCUUUUCCACCUCACUGGUAAUGAGCUGGUGAUGGAGCAAGCCACUCCAGAGCAUGCUGGGAACUACUACUGCAUGGCCUGGUCCAUGGUUCAGGACAACAGCAGGUUUUUAAGCAGCACCGAGGUCAAGGUGACAGUCAAAGCUUAUGUAUCAAAGCCAAACAUCUCCUUCACCAUCUUCAAAAAGGGAGACCGUUACCAAGGCAACAUAACCUGCUGGUCAACCAGAGGGAGCUAUCCGGUCAACUUUUCUCUCUCAGUAGAUGACAAAGAGGUGGGAUCCAUCACAGCGAACGAAUCCCUCACUGUCUGGUUCCUUGUCGCCAUGGUACCCGGGAUGGACAUGGGCGUGGCGCGCUGCUGGGUGAAAACUGAGACGCAGGAGUUGAUGAGUAAACCUGUGACUCUGGAAGUGGUCCCAGUUGGAGGUGACGUGACAGCGGAGGUGGAGUAUCUCUACAGAGCCGACUCCAAGCUUGCCGCCGCCAGGCUGAGGUGUGUGGUCGGCAGAGGAACCUUUCCUCAAAUCUCCUGGCUCCUGAACGACUCUGUCCUUCCCUUCGCGACACAUGUGGACGCGCAGUCUCAGGAUGACCUGACUCACGUUGCCCUCGCCAACCGUGGACAGACACUCGUCCUCACUAAGCUCACCUCAGAGGAGUCUGGGUAUUACCACUGCAGGGUCAGGAACAGCUAUGAUGACUCCGGGCCCUGGGUGCAGAGUGGAGAUGUGCUGGUCCGAGUCACAGACAGGAUCCUUAACUCCAUGCCUCGAGCAACAACUUCCACUGAAACACCACCAAGUAAACAGCCCAUGUUGUAUAUUGAAAUGACUCCCAUGCUGACACCACAGUACGUCAUGGCUCACUGUUCAUGUCCCUUCUCCUUCACAGAGGUUUUCAUGAACACAACAGAGAUCAUCACCAUAGCGUUCUGCGGCUUCCUUCUUCUCAUGUUGGCAGUUGGUGUGGCCUGUGUUUACAGGAUGUUCGACCACAACCAAGCUCAUGCCCACAUUGCUGCGACAAAUUCUGAUCCACUUCCUCUGACUACUCGCUCGUCCCAGUCGGGAGACACGCAGGCCGGGGUCUCCUCUGCAGACUGUGACUGUGUCCUGAGUCAGACCAUAGAGAUCACAGUAUGACACAGCAUGAAGAUCCUGCACCUCUCAAAUCAUAACAACCAUCACUUUGUGCAAAUAUUUCAUUUGAAUACUGCAACUUGUUCUAUACUGCAUUUGAUACUUUUCCUGACUUGUAAAGUUACUUGGCUUAAGACUGGUGGAAAAUUCAGAGAUUCUGUUUUUCAGCAUAACCACUGAAUAUGCUCACGUUUUUUUUGUUCCAA